ACCACGUGACUUGGAAGGUUUGCUACGAGUCUAUCAUCAGUGUCCUGAAUCAAUGCUGUUGUAGUUUAGACGCGGUCAGAAGCGACAUCAGUAUGAGGAAUAAUACUUUCCUUUUUGGGGUUUUAUUACUCGUGAACGGUGUGUUUGGUGUUGAAGCAGAUGAAGUGUCAGUGUCAGUGAUGGUGGGAGAUUCUAUCACUCUACAUACUGAUAUUACUGACGUACCGAGAGAUAGUAAGAUAAUAUGGAAGUUUGGUGAUGAAAUCAUUGCUAGAAUGAAUGAAGCAGAUGGACAUCCCUCUACAUAUGAUGGUCCCGGUGUGAUAUUCAAAGACAGACUGAAGCUGGACAGACAGACUGGAUCUCUGACCAUCACAAACAUCAGAACUGAACACAUUGGACAUUAUAGUGUAGACAUCAAGGGCAUAGAUGCAAAAUUGAAGACAUUCCAAGUUACUGUCCAUGAUGUUGUGGAGUCACUGUCAGUGAUGGAGGGAGAUUCUGUCACUCUACACACUGGUGUUAAAGUACAGGGAGAUGAUCAGAUACUGUGGGAGUUUGGCGAUCAAGUCAUCAUUAUCGCUCACUUAAACGGCCCUGAUGAUGCAAAAUGGAGAAACAUUCAUCUGAACGAUCAAACCCGAGACCUCGUCAUCAGCAACAUCCGAAGCGAUCAGACUGGAGUUUAUAAAGUGGAGAUCAACACCAUCAGCAUGGUCUUGCACAGAAAAUUCUAUAUUGCUGUUGGUGGUGGUGUGAAGACAGUAUCAGUGAUGGAGAGAGAUCCUGUCAAUCUGCAUACUGGUGUUAUUGAAAUACGGGGAUAUGAUCUGAUACUGUGGAAGACUGAAGGCAAUCUUGUGGCUGAAAUCAAUAAAGGCAUCAACUUCUUUGGACCUAGAGACGUAGAUGAUUUGAGAUUCAGUGGCAGACUACAUCUUCAUCGUGAGACAGGAGAUCUCACCAUCAGUGACUCCAAAACCACCGACUCUGGAGAUUAUCAUCUACACAUGAGCAACAGCGCAUACACCUUACAGAGGACCAUCAGAGUUACUGUCAAGACUCCACCUCAGUCCGGUGCUGCAUCAGGGAUAUGUGGUGCUGGUGUUGGUCUGGUGGUUUGGGCUGUAACUGUGUUUUUUGCUGCAAGAUUUGUAGACAACGAAAGCAAAGGUGUUUCAGUGAAUAUAAAGUGAAUAAUUCUCAGGAUCAGCAUGAAAAAUGAAGAGAAACUACAGUUCAUAAUCAUUGUAGCAAUAUAAACUUGCUUUGCAUGACAUACUAAUCAGCGUUUAAUUUGUUUGUUUUAUAUUUAUAUUUUGACAUAAAUCAUGCUUUUUUUUGUCUUAUGCUUGACUAUUUGAACAAGAGGGAAAAUUGUAAACACUAUAGUCUGAAAUGUUCAAAUUACAGAACCAUUCAUGACUUUUUCCAGUUAAAUAUAAAAUAAAUCAACAUAUGCCAAAAUCUUUCACUUGUAAACCAGCAGGGCUUGGAUGCUUGAAAUUGGUGUUUUAGUGUAAUCUUAAGGGUUUUUGGGAUGCCGUUCAUGUGAAAGUUUAUGUUCAUCCGGUGCUUAUACAGAUCUAUGUACAA